CUUUGCUGAUAUCAAACUAGCAGAGUGAAUAUUGCUUAUGCAGAAUAUUUUUUAUGACUCAAAAUCGUACGAUAUAAAAGCUGCGUGAUAACUGAUCGAUAUCGUUAGUUGCUGUUAUCAUUCCCUAUCGACUAGUAGACUUAAAUUUUUGUUACAAUGUUCCUGAAACUUCUCACAUUCCUCGCCAUUAUUGGAUUAAGUUUGGCAUCUCCAGUCGUCGAAGAACGCUCACCUGCUCCCCUAAAAGCUGAUGUAAUAGUCGUUAAUGAUAUCCGGGAGUUCCGUGCGGCUAAUCCAAGUUUAAAUUUGGUAGAAUUGAAACGUUCUGCAAACCAGCCCCGAUUGGGGAUUCGUUACACUUUGGGAUCUCGUUUGGCGGGAGACGUUCUUGUGGCGACUUUAGGGGACUUUGUUUCUUAUUCCGUGCCGCAAAACGUGAAAUUAACUCUGACGUAUCCAACGAAUGGAUAUGGCGCAGUUGUGACGCAUGUGCUCGUUGAUGUACAGCAAAGCUCUAGUUUUGGAAGUGGGUAUGUCGUAGGUGGCGGAAUCGGACAGCGGUUCAUUCAAAUUGUCAUUGAAGCGCAAUCAACGACAUAUUUUGGAUACAGUGCCUAUGUUUAUGGAUUGUAACUGUUAGAAAUUAAAGUGUAAGACAAAUGAAAUCGAAUAAAAAAUAUAAUUAAUUUUAAGAUAAA